AAUCGGGCGCGGCUGUCUGUGAAUUUUUUUUAAAGGCGGCCUGUGGAAAAGGAGGCAUGUGCCCGUUCCGACACAUCAGCGGGGAAAAGACAGUUGUUUGCAAACACUGGCUACGAGGACUGUGCAAAAAGGGAGACCAGUGCGAGUUUCUGCACGAGUACGACAUGACCAAGAUGCCUGAGUGUUACUUCUACUCCAAAUUUGGGGAAUGCAGUAACAAAGAAUGUCCAUUCUUGCACAUUGACCCGGAGUCUAAGAUCAAAGACUGUCCCUGGUAUGACAGAGGCUUCUGUAAACAUGGUCCCCUCUGCAGACACCGGCACACUCGAAGAGUCAUCUGUGUGAAUUACCUAGUAGGAUUCUGUCCAGAGGGGCCUACCUGUAAAUUCAUGCACCCUCGGUUUGAACUGCCAAUGGGAACGACAGAGCAACCACCACUGCCUCAGCCGACACAAACACAGCAAAAGAGGACACCCCAAGUCAUUGGAGUCAUGCAGUCUCAAAACAACAACACUGGGAACAGGGGACCCCGGCCGUUGGAGCAGGUCACCUGCUACAAGUGUGGUGAAAAAGGUCAUUAUGCCAACAGAUGCACCAAAGGACAUCUGGCCUUUCUCAGUGGACAGUGAAAGAGCAGAACGACGAGUGCGAGGCUGCUGUUAACACUGAGAAAAGGUUUCUGCCUAGCACUAUGUCUUGAACUAUUAAUCAGGUUUUUUAAUGCCAUUACUGAAAGAACUGGUCAGAGGCUGGCUGCUGCUAAGCAACAUUUUUGUAAUUGUCCACAACUUUUUUUUAUGUUUUAACCUUUUUAAAACAGAUUUUGGCCUCCGUCUAUUUUCAUUGAGCCCUGCUGAAAGGUAGAUCUAAAAGCCAAUAGAUAUGCAAACCCCUCACCAGUGCAGCGCUCUACGUAAACGCAUCUUACGCCAGUGUUUCUUUAAAGUGUUUUCCUUCUGCCACUUCUCUUUGGAGAACCUGCAGCGUUUCAGCCCUCCCUGUGGAAGCAGGAAGACUGACUGGGAAAAUUCAUACUUGAAAUGCCUUCCCUUCAGUGAGGAAGCAGGGAUUCUGCUGUCCUGUAGCUCUUAAAAAGCUAAGUUGCGUUCCUAGGUCCAGCCUGUUGUAGUCGGUAAGCUUGUCCUGGUGGCUGACUUAAUGCAUCACGUACAUCAGGCUGUAAAACUCGUCCACUUGCUUUGUUUCUGUGCUUCUGGCUAUACUGAAGGUUAGAAAUUGAUCUUCUGGGUGAGAACUGAUCAAGGGGAGAAUAAAUUGGCCUCUCUGUGGCUAGCCAACCAAUGAGGAACGGUGGUUGUAGGAAAGCCACACCUGUGCUCAUUUUCCAUUUGCAAAAACCAAGGAGGGAAAUGAACACAGCUUGAAGAGUAGGAAUAGAAGAGCCUUGCCUCAGCACCCCUGUCGUCUAGCUCACACUGAGCAGGUAUUUCCAUAGCCUAGAGAAGACCGAGAAGUGGAGAUGUGUAUUAUUACGGAACACUGCUUUUAAAAGUGGUAGAGCAUUUUUCGGAGAGCAAUUUUUGCAAGCCAAAACCCAUUCAUUUUGUGAGAAGACUAUUUCAAAAGGGCCAAUGAUAAAAUGUGAAUUAAAAAAAAAAAAAAUUGCACCUACAACAUGAGCCUUAUUAAUUCUAACCAGUCUCUCAUUUGCUGACUGCCUUUAUACUUUGUUUUUAUUGAAAUGUACUGAUG